CGUCUGCCGAUCAUCAGGAAAGAACUGACAAAGCCACUCACUCACCAGACAGCAGUCACCACGUCCAGCUCCACACACCAGCGUCCGAGCUAGCACGCACUCGAUCGCGUCUGUCUCGCUGAGCCACUGACAAUGGAGUCGCAGCAGCAGAGCAGGAAGGAGGCCGCCUGGAAGCGGGAGGAAGGCGGCCAGGGCGGCGUCAGCCUGGAGGAGAUCGGCAAGUUCCGCGCGGAGGCGCAGCAGAACUCGGCGGACGCCAUCCGCGCCGCCCAGGAGCGGUACAACCAGAACCUGCAGCACGGCGGCGGCGGCGCCGCUAGGGGGGCGGUGACCGUCACCCAGGCGCCCGGCGCCACGGUCGUCUCCUACCAGGAGCACAAGGCCCUUCCCGAGGGCGCCCAGCAGGGCCGCGCCCCUGCCGCGGCGCAGGGUCACGGCACCAACGCGCCGGCAGGGGGCACGAUGGCUUCGUCUCGGGGCACCGAGAAGCAGCACGCCACGAAGCAGGAGGAGGGCCGUGGCCAUGGCACGGCCCACAAGGAGCACAAGGGCUCGGCGGCGGUCAGCCGUGCCGCCGAGGACGGCCACGACAAGCAGGGCAGAGAGAGCGCCGCGCGCGGCACCAACGCGCCGGCAGGCGCUACGGUGGCGUCAUCUCGGGGCGCUGAGAAGCAGCACCACACGAAGCAGGAGGAGGGCCGUGGGCAUGGCGCGGGCCACAAGGAGCAGAAGGGCUCGGCGGCGGUCACCCACGCCACCGAGGACAGGGGCAAAGAGGGCGACUCCGCGCGCAGCGCCAAGGACGCGGCCAUGCAAGCGCUCGGAAUCACGGGAGACCAAACUGUGGCCAAGGGCGCCGGAACCAAGGACGCCGGUGCGCAUGGCGCGCAGGUCCGUGGGCAUGACACGGGCCACAAGGAUCAGAAGGGCUCAGACACGGCCGCGCGCAAGCUCGUCUCCACUGGAGACUACGCUGCGCCCAAGGGAGCCCAGGCCAAGGACGCCGGCGCGCAUGGCGCGCAGGUCACCGCGGAAGGCACGGAGGAGGCCACGGCUACCGCCGCCGAGUACGCCAAACAGGCUGCAGCAAAGGCGAAGGAGGUCACGCUCACCACGGGCGAGAUGACGGCGGAGUACGCGAAGCAGGCCGCCGUGAAGGCCAAGGACGUCACGGUGAGCACCGGCGGGACGGCAGCGGAGUACGCUAAGACUGCCGCCGAGAAGGCGAGGGAGGCGGCGCUGGCGGCUGGCAAGACGACGGCCGAGUACACGCAGCAGGCGGCGGUGAAGGGCAAGGACGUCACGGUCUCCACCGGCGGGACGGCCGCGGAGUACGCCAAGACAGCCGCCGAGAAGGCCAAGGACACCGCGCUGGCGGCCGGCAAGACGACGGCAGAUUACACUCAGCAGGCGGCGGUGAAAACCAAGGACGUGACGCUGUCGACCGCCGCGCAAGCGGCGCAGAAGGCCAAGGAGGUGACCGCGGUCACGGCGCAGAAGGUGGCGGAGUACACGAAGGAGAUGGCGGAGCAAGGGAAGAACGCUGCUGCCCAGGCCGAGGAGAAGGCGAAGGAGGCCGCAGCCCGCGCCGCCCACAAGGCGGAGGAGCCGAGCUUCGACACGAGCACGCAGACCAAGCGCUCGGCCGCAGGGGCAGCGGACAAGACCCGCGACAUGACCGAACAAACCAUGAACAAGGCCAAGGACACGACCGGAGCCAUGGCGCAGAAGGCCACUGACACGGCUGCGUACGUCAAGGACUCGGUGAUUGGCGCAGCAGGAGGCACGGCGGACAAGACCCGCGACACCACUGAACAAACAAUGGGCAGGGCCAAGGAGGCUACCGGAGACGCAGGGAAUAGGACCGGGAGCAUGGCCGCCCAGGUGAAGGACGCGACCGGAGCCAUGGCGAAGAAGGCCGGCCACACGGCCGCGUACAUCAAGGACUCGGUGAUGGGCGCGGCCGGAGGCGCCGUGGACAAGACCCGGGACGCCACGUCGCAGGUCGCGCAGAAGACAGGGGAGGCGACGAACAGAGUGGUGGAGACCGGCAAAAGCGCCACCGGCGGCGGCAUGACCGGGACGGCCAAGGCGAAGGGUGAAGGCACAGAAGACACCAAGAUCGUGGAAGACGUGCUGGAGGUGGUGGGCGCGGGCAUGGAGGCGGUGGGCGCGACGGUGUACGGGAUAGCGCAGCACACCAAGGGGAUCGUCGCCGGCGAAGAGGAGCUCAUCCCGGUCGAAGGGGAGGCCGGGAAGGUCGCCGGAGCCGGCGAGGGCAGGAAGAAAUCCGAGUGAGCAGACCCACACGUACGUCGCACCAAAAAUGUUAAGAGAAUGUUGGUUGUGCAGUCACUUUGAUCAGACACGUUUAAAGCGGUGUUGUAUAUAGUUGUAGUAAUAAUAAGUAGUGCACUAUAUGGAGUGCUCAGGUGAGCUGAAUAAUGGUCGUUUAUAGUUAAGAGGGACUAUAUGUCCAGAUGUCUGCUGCUACUAGUACGUUUGGAAGCGCUCAGCUAGUAGAAUGCUCAAAUCUUAUGGAAUGAAAUGGCUAUGUAGUGUGAUACAUCGUGUACUUAGCCAAGUGAACUAGGUAAAUGUUCGUGUAAAUCUGAA